AUGAAUAGAAAGAAUAUAUUUUGCAGUUUUGUGGCCCUAAAGUAUGCGGUUUUCUCUGAAAUCAGCAUUGGGAUCUCAGCCAAUGCCUUCCUCCUGCUCUUCCACAUUCUCUCCUUCUUUCUCAAGCACAGACCCAAGCCCACCGACCUCACCAUCGGGCACUUGGCCCUCAUCCACCUGGCGACUCUGACCAUUGCAGGGUUUGUAUCCAUGGGUGUGUUUCAGUCUCAGGGGCAGUCAUGGGAUGACAUCACAUGUAAAGCACUUUUCUACUUGUACCAGGUGAUGCGGGGCCUCUCCCUGUGCACCACCUGCCAGCUGAGUGUCCUCCAGGCCAUCACCCUCAGCCCCUGGAGCUCCUGGUUGGCCAAGUUCAAACAGACAUCUUCCCAUCACAGCCUGCAUAGCUUUUUCUUCAUUUGGGUCAUCAAUUUGUCCAUGAGUGCUCAUCUCUUAAUCUGCACUGUUGCUUCAACAAAUCAUAGGUCCAGCAAUCUUAUGGCUGUGACUAAAUCCUGUUCUCUUUGGCCGCUGAAAUACUUAUUCAGGCACACAUUUUCCAUAUUGUGGAUCUUCCGGGAUGUGUCCCUCACAGGACUCAUGGCCCUCUCCAGUGCCUACAUGGUGACCCUCCUGUGCAGGCACAAGAGGCAGUCCCGGCACCUUCACAGCACCAACCUUUCUCCACGAGCCUCCCCAGAGCUGAGGGCCACCCGCACCAUCCUGCUGCUCAUGGGUGUGUUUGUGCUCCUGUACUUGGUGGACUGCAUUGUGUCUGCCUUCUCAGGGAUGGCAUGGAAUGACUCAGUUCAUUUGUGUGUCCAGAUGUUUGUGGGCACUGGCUAUGCCUCCAUUGCCCCUUUGGUACUAAGCAGAGAAAAACGCAUCAUCCAGUUGUUGAAGUCCAUGUCCAAGACUGAAAGUAUGUGA